CAUUAAAAAGCCCAAAUACCAACUGUUGCACACAAAACCCUAAUUCACAGUCAACAACUUCAUUCAUUCGUAUAAAACAGAAUCCGCUUCUUUCUUCAACCUUCGUUUGUCCAGCCACCCGAUCUCAAACUCCACUCCGCCACAAUGGUGAACGUUCCAAAGACAAAGAAAACAUACUGCAAAAGCAAGGAGUGCAAGAAGCACACCUUACACAAAGUUACCCAAUACAAAAAGGGUAAGGACAGUAUCGCUGCUCAGGGAAAACGUCGUUAUGAUCGCAAACAAUCUGGUUAUGGUGGACAGACCAAGCCUGUUUUUCACAAAAAGGCUAAAACUACUAAGAAAAUUGUGUUGAGGCUUCAGUGUCAAGGUUGCAAACAUGUUUCUCAACAUGCUAUUAAGAGGUGCAAGCACUUUGAGAUUGGUGGUGACAAGAAGGGAAAAGGAACAUCUCUGUUUUAGGUGGAAAAAGGAUUUUGCAGUUUCACUGUGUUUUUCUUCUGUACUAUCCAUCUUUGGUUUAUUAAUUUUGCAGAAAUACUUUGUGUUUGAAAUUUUUGUUCUGAUAUUUCUAAUGACUACUGGUUUAUUACUUUA